AUGGAAUCCUGUCUGAACGAACUUUCUAACCAACAACUGCAAGAGAAUGGAACACUAAAUCCGUACCAUAUACAAGUUGAAGAGAGGGAAGUUGAAGAAACAAAGAAACAGAUAAAGUCUGUUUUAGAUACUGCAGCUGAUAAGAAUUUCAUCACAACUGAAGAACUAAAAGCUAUGCUGGCUGAUGACAAGAAUCCAGCAAAUUUUUAUCAACUGUUCAAAGUACAUAAAACUCACAUUACAAAAGAUACUCCACCAAGUAGGCCUAUUAUCAGCGGCUCAGGUAGUUACACAGAGAAUAUAAGUUUAUUUUUGGACAGUUUUCUGAAACCCCUUUCCAACUUACACACAUCUUAUCUUCCGGAUACUCCAGAUUUUUUUAGAUGUGUUGAAGAAAUUAACAAAGAUAAUUUACCAGCCAACUCUAUUCUAUUCUCUGUAGAUGUUACAGGAUUGUACACAAAUAUACCUCAGGAUGAUGGUCUAGAAUUCUGUAGAGAAGCUCUUGAAAACAGAACUGAUAAAUCUGUACCUACGUCAUUUUUGAUUGAGCUGCUAAACAUUUGUUUGAAAAAUAACAUAUUUGAAUUUGGUGGUAAACUGUACAAACAACUGAUAGGAACAGCAAUGGGAAUACACCCAGCCCCUUCCUAUGCAAACAUUUUUAUGGCUAAGCUUGAUGAUCAAAUUGUGAAACUUGCAAAUACUUACAAAAUAACUGAUGAGUGCCCCCUGAAGACCUCGAAAAGAUUUCUGAAUGAUUGUUUUGGAAUCUGGACAGAUUCUAUUGAGAAAUUAUAUCAAUUCCUGGAUGAUAUCAAUAAAAUUCAUCCUACAGUCAAGUUUACUCUAGAACAUAGUUCUCCAUUUUAUUGUGGUUUAAAGGAUGAACAUGACUGUUGGUGCCACAGAACAAAAAGUAUUCCAUUCCUUGACACAAAACUGUAUAUUGAAGAUGGAAAAAUCACAACAGAUCUCUAA